AUAGUCCCGUUACAGCGGAGGGGAGGACAGCUUACAGGAGCUGCAGCUCUUCCGUUGCUGUGAUUUACCGGGGAAGGAACGGAGACGUCGAGGGAGGCGCCGAUGCCGCGAGCGGUGCGGCUGUGCCUCGCGGACGGACAGCGCGAGGACCGCGGGGACCCGGGGACGCGCUGAGGCGACGGCGCAGUCGCGGCUCCAACAGAGGCGCCUCUGUGCGCACAAACCGUCCCUCUGUUCUCCUCCUCCUCCUCCUCCUCCUCCUCCCGUCGGACUGAGCUGAGCACCGCGGCUCCAGCACCUGGAGGGUGUCCCAUACUCCCAUUUCCUUUCCCGGCAAAAGGAGUUCCCGACCCCCAGCAUCGCGGACCGCUGCGGAUCCAACUUUGCCGGGCUGCCUCUGCGACCAGGGAGGGAUGCGGCGAAUAGGAGUCGCUGCGCGCUCCUUCUGCACAAAGUUGGCGAUACUGGAAGAGAUGCGCGCGCGUGUUCCGGCUCGAGGUGCGCAGCAGAACCCACCGGCUUUUUGUAAAAUACUUGACUAAUCUCUGGGGGAAGAAGAGAAAUAAGAGGAAGACGAGAAAAAACAAUAACAACUGCUCUGGCUGGAUGUUUGAGUGAACGCGUCGCGCGCCGGGGAAUACAAAUUGCGCCCGCCGAUUUCUUGAACCCUUUUGCUUUUCCGCUUUUUUUUUUUUUUUUCUCGCCUAAAGUGGUUACGGUUUUAUUGCUCUUCUUCUGAGUGGACCGGGAGAAGGGAGAGGAGGAGGGGGAGGGGUGGGGGGAGCGGGGGUCAUCAUGUUCACGAGCCGCUUUUACUCGAGCAUCACGCCGACGACGCCGCGCACUGAACCCUGGAAAGGACAGCAGGUGUGAGGCGCGCAACUCCGCUCGCUCCAGGAUUACUGCUCCCCCCACCCCCCGCCCCCCAACGCACCUCUCUGGGAUCAUACGACCUGCCUUCUUCGCGCAAAUGGUCCAGCUGGAAGUUGCGCUCCUGCGCCUCUCCCCCAGUCCGCCAGGACCCGCUUAAUUCCGCCCUAACAAAGUGGACCGAGUCCGCGGCGCGCGGGCCAUGGGAGAGGGAGGCGCCAGGACUGCUGAUUCCCGUCCUCCUGUCGGACACGUAGGAUCCCCGGGGUGCAGGAUGGGCCGUCUCGCUCCAGCCACCUGGCUGCUCCUCCUGGCCCUGACCUCCGCUGUGACCCCGGCCUCCUUGGAGCCCGAGGACUACCCCGCGGACGAGGCCGAGCGCAGCGCCAACAACGACGUCCUUUUCGACGACUACCGCGGCAAGGGCUGCGUGGACGACAGUGGCUUCGUGUACAAACUUGGGGAGCGCUUCUUCCCCGGCCACUCGAACUGCCCCUGCAUCUGCACCGAGGACGGGCCCGUGUGCGACCAGCCCGAGUGCCCCAAAAUACACCCCAAGUGCACCAAGGUGGAGCACAACGGCUGCUGCCCCGAGUGCAAGGAGGUCAGGAACUUCUGCGAGUACCGGGGCAAGACGUAUAAAGUCCUGGAAGAGUUUAAGCCCUCACCCUGCGAAUGGUGCCGCUGCGAGCCCAACAACGAGGUGCACUGCGUGGUGGCCGACUGCGCCGUCCCCGAAUGCGUCAACCCCGUCUACGAGCCGGAGCAGUGCUGCCCCAUCUGCAAAAACGGCCCAAACUGCUUCGCCGGAACCACAAUCAUCCCGGCCGGCAUCGAAGUAAAGGUGGACGACUGCACCAUCUGCCGCUGCCACAAUGGGGACUGGUGGAAGCCAGCGCAGUGCCUGCGGCGGGAGUGCCUCAAUGGGCAGACGAUGUCGUAGGAAUCCCCAGCCCCAAGGGGCUGGGGGCCAACAAUGGUUCCCGCCCACGCAGUUGAGACACACCUGUCGGAGCACAAUCUGCGUGGGAACAAAUCGAGGAGCACCGUUUGUAUACCCGAAGGGUUCGCGUACGAACUUCUACCGCCCCUGAACAAGCAAGCGGGAUGGAAGACCUUCAGAGACUGUCAGUUUCUUUCGCAGUUACAACUUUGUUAAUUUUAUCACUCGCUACUGCUGCUUAUACAGAAUUCAUUUUUAUUUGUUUGUUUUUUUUGGCAGCCUCUAUUGAUGCUCACUAUAAAUGAUAAGCAUUUUAACUUGUCUGUUUGGGAUGACAUGAUGAUGUGGUCUGUGCAGCGAGGAGGCCAUGAAAGAUGUGGCACGCGGGGGUAUGCAGCUGAACGAGUCUGUGUCUCUGUACAAAAAAAUAAUGUCAUUAUUCUAAAACAGCCUCACAUCCAAAGACUUCAUUAGCAAGGUUGUUAGGAAGCUUAUUAGGAACCUUGCGGCCCCGAGGACUGAUCCCUUAAUCGUAUGAUCUUUUUCGGACAAACUGGCAUAAGUCAACUGCUGACACCACACACCUAGGCUGACCGUUCUCCCCAUUUCUGUCCAGCAAUGGAACGGUGGGGCAUCAGCUUUCCUCUGUCUAUUACUCCCUGCAUAGCGAGGCCUUCGGCGAUAGUUAAUGGACACUGAGUGGUCAUAGGGACAGCGGUUCACGUGGGCAGGCACAGUCAAAGCAAUAGUGGCUUUAAGUCCACUCUACAUCACAGAUAAGCCCAGAUCAAAGACGGACGUGUAGGACAAUGGAGGGACUGUGUAGGAAGUAGGCAGCGCUGGGUGAAAGCAUUAGCGAAGGUGGGAAGACGGGUGACGGCGACGAUGAGAAUACGAGGUAAAUGAACACCUACAUCAGGAUCAGAGUGGAAGGCAGGCGAGAUAAUGCUAAACUUUAAUAACUCAUUACACUCUUAAAAGGCUCUGUGGGGAACUGCCAUUUUUAACAGCUAAAGCAUGGGUUUAAAGAUAAUUAUUCCCCUUUACAACUCCAAACCCCUCCCGAAAGGGAAUCGUCUUGAUCAUCUUGCAAGGAGCCAAACUCGGCGUUAAUAGGUGUUAACCAGUUCAUGGCACAGCAAAUAGCCGCAGCGAUGGCUCCUUUUGAAGUGGCGCGUUUGCCAGACGCGGGACAUUGCCGCUAAUUGGCCCCUGUUAUUCCUGCGGUAGCUCGAGAUUACAACAGGCUAAUAGCUCAAAAUCGUUAUCUAGGCAAUUAAGUCAGAAGCGGCCCACUUUUCUUAUUCCUCUUUAUCACGCAAGCGUUUCGAUAAGCGUCUGGGUGAGGGCGCUGUGGGCUGCCCCCUCCUGGGGAGGGAACAGUGAAACAAAAGGGUGGUGCUCUAUAAGGGUGGGAGAUGUUGGAGGCGGGCAGCGGACGUUCCCUUUCAUCAUCACACACCGUCAGUCCCAUUUAUGUCACCCGUCACCUCUUUUCUUUUUUUUUGCUUUGAAUUUCCAAAUAGCGUGCAUCGCUUCGUUGCAGUCCGACAGGUCAGCGGACCCAGAACAUCCGAGUUGAGCCCCAACCUCCCAACGCACCUCCCCUUCCAAUGACACACCGUGUCUUCAGCUUGCCAGUAUCCUCUAUGGAUGUGUGCAGCUCUGAAGAGCCACCACUCAUGACUGUGUAUGCAGUAAUAGUUCUUCUAAUGGAUUCGUGGGUUUGUGAGGAGACUGAAUGGACCCCCUCCCAACCCCUUCCACGAGAUAAAUAGGAGACAUUAAUUCCUGGACAAAUUCCACAGUCCCCCAUGUGAUUAAUCACAGGGAUUUUUUCCUGAGCAAGGAAGCCAUGACUUGACCUUUUCAGACUCAAAUCCUCAUCAUUGAUGGAUGUUUAUCCAAACUGUGAGAGGCUGAGUUCUGGAAAAGGCACAGAAACUCGUUCAAGUGUCAGACCCACAAUAAGAGCACAAUAUACUCCAUCCAUAGUUAUCCCACCCAAUCCCAGCCCCAUUUUUUCCAGAUUUGCAGGUGGUUUUGGGGGGGUUUUUUGUGUGUAGCUUAAGGUUUUCCACUCUUGUUCAGUUGAAUCAAUAUGACAUAGUCCGGUGUUUUAAUAUAUCAUAUAAAUUACCACAUAGGUCAACUGCUAAUUACAGUAGAUUAUAUCCAUCCAU